UUCCCUUGUUGAUCGAUGCGACGUUUCAAGUUUGUGGAAUGUGCUCAAGACACAUGUUUCCGACAUUCUUUCCGCUGUGGACAUAGAGAACAACAUGACGACGGCCGGGAGUUGCAAAGUCAAGCCUUGAUACAACGACGAUCUCAUCGGAGUACUUUAUCAUUUGUGGACCAAUAUUGUGCCAACUUCCUCAGAGACUUCCACCAACAUCACCAAACCGCGAUGAAAUUUCUCGUUUCUUCCUCUCUCUCCCUCUUAUUGGCCUCCCAUACCUACGCUGCCUGUCAGAAAUAUAUUGACGCUGCAAAAACCGCUGCAAAGAACUUGCAAUCAACGUAUUUCAAGAACGGAACGUACGAUCAAGCUGUUUGGAUAUCUGCUGUUGAUAACUUCUAUCUCCUGCAACUUGAUGCUGUGUCUGGCUCAAACAUCUCCUCCGGAGUAAUUGACACCGUGUUUCUCGGCCAGGAGGAUCAUCUCGAGCACGGGGAGUCGUACGAUGACGUACAAUGGGUAUCCACCACCUACCUGACCGCUGGAAACCUAGAGCGCGCAAAGCACUUUUAUGACAUUGCCAGCACGGCGUUGGACACGAGCACUUGUGGUGGUGGAUUGUUUUGGAGUGGCGCCAGAGACUACAAGAACGCUAUAACCAAUGAACUGUAUUUGGCUACCUCCGGUCAGUUAUAUGAGGCGACCAAGGAACAGAAAUACCUAGACAAUCUCAAGAAUGUCUGGAAAUGGCUGAAAGAAUCCGGAAUGCGCGGUGCAAACGGAUUAUUCAAUGACGGGCUCACGAAGGACGGAACAUGCGUGAAUAACGGCCAAACCACCUGGACUUACAAUCAGGGUGUCGUCCUCGUAGGCUUGGGUUUCCUUAGCAAAUAUGCUCAAGAUGAAUCUGCCGUAACGGAUGCGUUCUCGAUCAUGGACGCUAUCAUGGCACAGCUGACCAUUGACGGUGCUCUCAGAGAGCUUUGCGAAACUGCGGAUGAGAACAAAUGUAACGCCGACCAAGCAUCGUUCAAGGGCAUUGCUAUCUAUUAUAUGUCAUGGUUCCUACGCAUCUCCGGCAAGGAUAAUAACGGAAAAUACGCCAACUUUGUCAAGAGUCAGGCAGACAAGGUGUUGGCCAAUGCUCAAGAUACUGAAGGGGUCUUUAACAACUACUGGCCAGCGAAAGGGGCUAAGGCGGCCGUUGAGAAUGCUUCAACGCAAGCAGCUGCGCUGGGUGCGCUCGUUGGUGCCAGUCAAUUGGACUGCUAAAGUUCCUGAGUAUCUCAGUAAUGCUCUCCUGUGUAUGGUAUUGAACAUGACAUAUCCAUUCU